AGUGAUGUCUAUGACGGAGUUACUAUUCAAGGCAUCAGGCCUCCAGCUCAAUGUGAUGGUGGCUUCAAUAAGGCGUCCCGGGGAAAGACAUGCUCAACAAAAGCCUCAUUGCCAUAUUCACCGCUACUGCAACGUCAGGGAAUGAAGCGUGGAAGACAAAGAUAUAUAAGUAGCACCACCACCUCCCCUUCUCUGCUCCUCAUCCACUCAACAAGUCUCAAUUCCUCUACUCCUCAUUUCACUCACAAACAACUCAUCCAUCAACCAACACCACAACCAACGAAGCUCAUCUUCAACCACCAUCCCAUCACAAUGAAGUCCUUCGCCUCCGCUCUCCCUCUCCUCGCCCUCCUCUCCUCGGCUCUGGCGGCACCCGUCGAUGCUGCUGCCGACGCUACCUCCGUCUCCGUCUCCUACGACACUGCCUACGAUGUCUCCACCACUUCCCUAGACACCGUCUCCUGCUCUGACGGCACCUACGGCCUGGUGUCCAAGUGGCCUACCUUCGGUUCCAUCCCCAGCUUCCCCUAUAUCGGAGGCUCCCCCACCAUUGCUGGCUGGGAUGACCCCAACUGCGGCAAGUGCUACGAGCUCGACUACGCCGGCAACGUGAUCUACAUCACUGCCAUCGACGCCGCUCCCGGUGGCUUCAACAUCGGUCUGACUGCCAUGAACGCCCUGACCGGUGGCGAGGCUGAAGACCUGGGCCGUGUCACUGCCACUUACACUCUCGUCGACUCGUCUCUGUGCGCCUCAGCCAUCUAAUGAAGUGGGAGACAUCAUUGGCCCGUCCAACACGGGAUACAUGAAGGAACGAUCUGGGAUUUCGGGGUUCUUGUGCAUUUCUGCGUCUGCUUAUCGAUUAAUUGUUAAUGUCAUGGCAUGAGACACACAUCAUAGAUGGAUCUCUAGUCUCGUGUCUAUUGUACAUGUGUACAUGUCUAUCUGCAUAUAGUAAUCAUAUCGUAUCACAUCAUGCCAAAACCUCCAGCAUCUCCUCCACACGACCAAACUUAUCGCGAACCUUGCCCUUCUCA